AUGGAGGAGAAGUUGACAACUUUACGAAAAACUCUCUCAAACAAGGAAAAGCUGAUAAGGAAAAAGUUACACAUAGUCACCACAUUGACAAUGGAGGGACUGGCGAGUCACGAAAUAAAAGUGCAUUUAGAACUUGCAGAAAGUGCGUUUACAACGUAUGCAAAUGCACACGAUGAGCUGUCCUUGUUGGUCGAGGACUCUGAGGUUGAGUUAAUGAUUGACGCCUUGGAAGAGGUAUCUCGGACGUUCAUUAAAAUCAAGGGGAUUUUGCAAAGUACAUUAGACUUAAGGCAAACUACACACGAACCUCAAAACGAAAAUGCACUUAGCGAACAAGGGCAACAAUCCAUCAGAUUACCUCCCAUGAACCUGCCUACAUUCACAGGAAAAUUGGAAGAUUGGUAUGCUUUCCACGACCAAUUUUCAUCUGUUAUUCACGUUAAUAAAUACAUUGACAACACCAGAAAAAUGCACUAUUUAAAAUCAUGUUUAUCAGGAGAAGCGGCUAAUGUAAUUGCAUCAUUAUCAUCGACUGGUAACAAUUAUCUGGAGGCUUGGUCUUUGUUGACAAACCGUUAUGAUAAUGAACGUCUUGUUCUACAAGUACACUUACAACAUUUGUUCAAUCAACCACACAUUCAGAGUGAAGCUGUUAGCUCCUUGAAGGCAUUGGUUGAUACAACAAAUAAACAUCUUAGAGCAUUAAAAGUAUUAAAACAACCCACUGAGUCUUGGGAUACAAUUAUAAUUUACCUUAUAUCAUCCCGUUUACCAAGUGAACUCAGAAAAGCAUGGGAAAUUGAAUCAUCUGCCUAUGAGUCUCCAUCUUGGUUACAAAUGUGUAAAUUUAUGGAGAAAAGAAUACACGUGUUAGAUUUAUUACAACUGCAAUCAUCCAGUACACCCAGAUCUAAGCUUACCAACAAGUGCAACAGUCGAGCAACAACUCAUGCUGUGACUGCAGCACAAGGUAAUAAGCAGCCGUGCAAUAUUUGUUCACAGCAUCAUAUUAUUUAUCAGUGUAAUUUAUUUAUGAAGUCAACAGCGAGUGAGCGACAUGCAUUGGCUAAGAAGGCCAAAUUGUGUAUAAAUUGUCUACGGGCCUCACAUUCUUCCAGUCAAUGCUCAUCUGAUAAAACAUGUAAAGAAUGUGGUGGUAAACAUCAUACACUUUUACAUUUUGGUGACUCUAAGGGAGAAAACAAUACUUCUGAAGUGCCCACGUUGACUCUCAAGACACAACCAUCGACAUCUAGUGGAAUAGACACUGUGGCAGUUAAUCAUGGUGCCUUAAGAGAAAAGUCAACGGUCAUAUUAUCAACAGCAGUGGUGCGCGUGUACGGACCAAGUGGACGGUCAGAACUAUGCCGUGCAUUAAUAGACACUGCAUCUGAAUCACAUUUCAUUACUAAAGCCUUAGCAAGUCGGUUAGGUUUAAAAACAUUGCAUCAGCCAAUGAUAAUUGAUGGUGUAUCAAAUGCUUCUACAACCACAUCUCAAGUUUCCACGUUCAAUAUUUCUCCUAGGACAAAUGGCAAACAAAUGACGUUAACUGCCUUAGUGUCUCCUAAGAUAACUGUGGAUCUACCCACUGCAGCCGUGGAUGUUUCACAGUGGACUCAUUUAGAGCAGGUUGAGUUAGCCGAUCCAACAUUCCAUGUGCCCAACAAAAUCGACUUACUCAUAAGUGCUGAAUACAGUCUGGAUAUAAUGCUCGAUGGUAAAAUACAAGGACCCAAAGGUACGCCGUCGCUACACAACUCUAUCUUUGGGUGGAUAGUAUGUGGAAAAUUAUCUAAACCCCACAAUGAACUAUCAAUGUUUAAGUCGGUCACGUGUUGUACCACGACAGUUGAAUCACUUGUGAACCGAUUUUGGGAACUGGAAGAGGUACCACGCCUCACAUGUAUGUCCAAAGAAGACCAACAGUGUGAAAAGCAUUUUGUUGAGACAUUUACGCGAGACAGCUCUGGUCGUUACACUGUCAGACUUCCUUUUGUAAAAGAACCACCGCUAGUGAACAAUUCUUACCAGCUCGCUGUUCAACGCUUAAAGAAAGUUGAGAGAAGUCUGCAGACCAAACCUGCCUUACACCAACUCUACAAAGAUUUUAUGAGUGAUUAUGUAACAGCCCAUCACAUGACAUUAGUAGAGUCCACUAGUCCAAGUCCGAUUAUAUUCAUUCCACAUCAUCAAGUUUUAAACCCAUCCAGUACUACUACGAAGCUUCGUGUUGUGUUUGAUGGUUCAUGCACCAUGGACACAGGAAACUCAUUGAAUGAACUACUUCACAAAGGACAAAAAUUACAGAAAGAGGUAAUUGACAUAUUAAUCCGUUUCCGUCUACCUCGCUAUGUUAUUACCGCAGACAUUCGACAAAUGUUCCGACAAAUCUUAGUACACCCCGACGAUCGUGUCUACCAAGGUAUUGUCUGGCGUCCAAAUGAAUCUAGUCCAAUAAGAAGUUAUACCUUAAAUACGGUGACGUAUGGGCUUAUCACAUCACCAUACCAUGCUUUACGAGUCCUGAAGCAAUUGGCCUACGACGAGCAAGGGACUCAUCCUGAGGCAGCUGCGGUGCUACAGCGAGAUUUCUAUGUGGAUGAGGUAAUGACCGGACGAGAUGACAUUACUGCCACAAUCAAGCUACACCAGGAGCUACUACACUUGCUCGCCCGAGGUGGGUUUGAACUACGUAAGUGGGCCACCAACUGUGAAGCAGUUUUAACGCACAUUCCGACAGCACUAAGAGCCACUCAACUAACGCUGAUCGACCACAUGGAUCCGUCAAUCAAAAUAUUGGGUAUAUCAUGGAAUGCUCAACGCGAUACGUUCUCAUUUCAUGUUGAAUCUUCCAAGGUUGGUGAAACAUGUACUAAACGCUCAUUACUUUCGGAAAUCGCGAGGAUUUUUGAUCCGUGUGGAUGGUUAAGCCCACUUGUGAUCGUUGCGAAGAUCAUUAUGCAACACCUGUGGAAGAACAAGUUGGAUUGGGACGACCCGCUGCCUGACACACUGAUCAAAUGGUGGUCGGAUCAUCGAUCUUCCUACGGUGCUCUUCGCUUCUUUGAAUUACCACGGCAUUGCAAUGACGAACACACUCAGGUAACCACAUAUAGUCUACACGGUUACAGUGACAGUUCGGAACAAGCUUAUGCUGCUGCUCUCUACCUAGUGUCAGUGUUUCCUGACGCGGUGUGGCGGCAUGUCCCGUCUCAGGACAAUCCUGCGGACCUGGCCUCCAGGGGCCUGUCAGGUGAUCAACUUCUUACAAAUGCCUUGUGGUGGCAUGGUCCACAAUGGCUAUUACCCCCCAAUCCAUGGCCACAGUCUACGUUUGAAUGUGAGGAUCCAAAUCAAACUCUCCAAGAGGAACGUAAGCCACAGGUAACUACACAUGUGACCACAGAAGCUGACGCGUUUAACUCCAACUUGCUAGCUAAGUACUCGGAUUUGAGUAAGUUAUUGCAUGUCACUUGUUACAUUUUACGUUUCUAUCACAACUGCCAAAAACCUGUAGCUCUUCGUCUAACUGGAUUACCAACUGUGUGUGAAUGGCGAUCAGCCAACUUAAAAUGGAUCCGGUUAGUACAACAGGAAUGCUUUCCACUCGACCUUCAUCAGCUGCGACUGGGUCUCCCAGUCAAGUCAUCCAGUACUCUGGUCAGCCUAAACCCCUUCCUUGACAUAGCAGGGGUCUUACGCGUUGGUGGUCGACUCACUCAGUCUAGUUUACCUUAUGACAUGAGGCAUCCAGUUCUUUUACCAAAGGCACAUCUGUAUACAACUAUGGUAGUACGCUCCAUCCACCUUCUGCACCAGCAUGCUGGUCUCAAUGUCACUAUGUCUCUGGUGCGGCAGAAGUAUUGGGUUGUACAUGGGCGCAGCAUCAUCAGAAAGGUUCUUCAUGAUUGUGUUAAGUGUUACAGAUUUCGACAAGUCAAAACCCACCAACUCAUGGCUGACUUACCGGCUUUUAGAGUUAAUUACGCACCAGUGUUCAGCCAUUGUGGAGUUGAUUUUGCCGGACCUUUCAUCGAAGCGCAACUUAACUCUCGACCACUUUGCCCCGCCAGUAUGGAAGCCACCGAUUACUCAGCACUGACUCCCGGGCACUUCCUGUUAGGUAAAGCUCCUAUGUCAUUACCUGAAGUCGACAUUCCUGAGCCAACACCCACCAAUCGACUCACCAGGUGGAAUAGAAUCCAGAAACUGCAGCAGUCCUUCUGGAAACAAUGGUCGCAAGAUUAUUUGGAUACACUACAGCAACGGAAUAAAUGGACCACUCCCCAGCCUAACCUCCAAGUCCACGAUCUCGUUCUCCUCAAGAAAGAAAAUAUGGCUCCCACUCAGUGGCCCCUAGCCAGAAUCCUCGAGGUGCACCCCAAUCCUGCAGACCACUUCGUGCGAGUUGUCACACUGAAGACAAAGGAUUCGGUGCUAAAGCGUCCUAUUAAUAAACUCAUAAGACUGCCUAUCGAACAUUAG